AUGUUGCAUGGGAAAGAUGAUCUGAACUUUAACAAUCCCCAAGUGCACUAUUUAGAUGAAUUAGUCACACAUUCAUGGACAUACUUGACUGAAAAGUUAAAAGAGAAAUUUUUAACCUCAAACUUCGCAUUUCAAAAUGAAAGCUUGAAGUUUAAUGCUUUGUAUGCAUUAAAUCCAAUUGCUUUUGAUUCUUUGACUUCUCAGCAGAUUAAAGACGUUCUAGAUAACAAAACUAUGAUCAUAUCCAACAUGAUUACAAAUGAAGCAAAUUUUAACGUUGAAAGGAAGAUUUUUGAUGAGAACCUUAAUGACAUUUACUACGACUUUAUGCACUUUAUUAAUGGAGAUGAUUCAUCUUGCAUAUGUGAAUGCUACAAUAUAACUAGAAACACCAAAACAUUUGAGAGCUAUUACGAAGAGUUCAGAAACGAAAGUUUAGAAACUCAAACCAAGAAAAUUGAAGAGAUCAAGAGAAAAGGGACUUACACCGUAUGUCCAAUUGAAGGUUACAUGAUCAAGUCUAUUUCUGAUCAAUUUCCUGUAGCUGAAACUUUGCUCUCUCACACAUCUUUACAAUUUGACUUUGAAGAUGUUCUCAAAAUUGCAAAUGAGACGAAAAUGUUUAUUUUAUCAGCAGAAGCAGGAACUGGAAAGACAGUCACAUUUGAGCAGUUUACGAUGAGAAUCAAGAAGAAGCUUCCAACUCGUUGGGUUUCUUACAUUGACUUGAAGGAUCAUAAAGAUUUAUACAAGGCUGUUGAGACUUUUGAUGAUGUGAAGGAGAUGCUUGGGAAGAUUUUUGGACUUGCUGAUCAGAAUAAAUUUGAGAAAGAAGUUUUUGAGGAACUAUUCAAGUCUGGUGAUGCAAUUUUGUUGUGGAAUGGAUUUGAUGAAAUUUCACCGGAGUUUAGUGACUCAGUUCUGAAGAUAUUAAGCAUAAUAAGGAACAACACUACAAAUAUCCAGUUCAUUUGCACAAGACCACUUUACACUGAGCAACUGAGAGACAAAUUCAUGACCAAAACCUACACUUUGAUUCCAUUCACUGCAGAAGAGCAAGAAAACUUCAUAAAAAAAUUCCUGAUCGCCAACAAAGUUGACGAGCCAAUGAUCCCAGAUUAUAUCCAUAAGGUUCAAUCAAUAGUUAAUUCCACUCAAUCAAAAGAAAGCUUCGACACGCCAUUGUUGCUUUUAAUGUUAUCGGAACUAGUUUCAAGUGACGUUGAAAUUUAUGAGACAGAAAACUUGUACGAGCUAUACAGGAAGUUCGUUGAUAAGAAGGUUCAAAUUUGGCAUGAGAACAAUGAAUAUGCAAAAGAUUUACUCGAUACUGUCAUAACUAGUGGAUUCAGCAUUAAGAACCUACAUCAAAGGUAUGCAAUGAGACAUGAACUGCAGUCUUGCGAUUACUCCUACAAAUUCGCAUAUUUCAAUGCUUUAAAACUCAAAAUUAUGCGGCAAAAAGUACCAAAAGGAUUAACAAAUGAUGAAGUCUCAAGAAUGGGAAUCUUGUUCAUAAACGGCCCAAAAACCUUCAAAUUUGCUCACAGAACUUUUGCUGAAUUUUUCGUAGCUCAAUAUUUUAUUGAGAAUAUUUACUUUGCAGACGAUGAACCGACAGAUGAGGAAGCAGAACGAAGAAUUCGUUUGUUCUUCCAUACUUUCCAUUAUCCAUUCUACAGAGUUAGAACUUUCAUCAUGUCCUUUCUUGAGACUCAAGCUGCAAAUGAAACUCAAGAAUUUGAUUCUAAAAUAUCGAAAGUUUUGAGGAUGAAAUUCAAUCGGCUUUAUAUGAGCAGCAUGAAGGAAUUUAAUGAGAUUCCAUUGCUAAAGUUUUGGGCAAAAGACAAUAAAGUUCUUGCUGAAUUGCUUCAAGUAAACGCUGACGAAACUCUUUACACUGCAACUUACAAUUAUGUUUACUAUCCAGGCUCAAAGUAUAGAAUCGUUCAUCAUUCUGGACUACGAAAUUUUGGCAAGCAGCAUCUAAAUGACAGUCAAUACCAAAACUUCAUAGAUGAUAAAAAUAAAAAGGGAAUUAUUUUGUUCAGCUCUUACUGUUUAGGAAGUAAAAUUUUAGACAACAGACAAUUUGGAUUCACUUUCCAUGAGAAAUACACUUUAAGUGACGAGUACUUGAAAAAUCCUGACGAAUUUGCUGUCUUUGAAUCAGUCGCACAAAAUUUGACAAAAUCUGAGCUUAAAGUUCUAUUAAAAUCCGAAAUUAUUUUAAAUCGAGGAAUUUUUAAUGACAAAAUGUGGAAAUUAAUUGAAGAAAAUUUAUCAAUUGAGGAACAAAAAGUAUUACUUUUGAAAUUUUUAGGAACUACAACAAUUUUAAUCAAUGGAUAUGAUUUAGAGUUCGGACUGAAAAAAUUAGCAAAAUUCUACUCAAAUUUAGAAAUUUAUGAAAUAUUUUUAAAAACCAAAAUUUUUAACUCUGCAGCCAGUUUCCGGAACUACACUUUUCAACCUUUAUGGAACUUCUUCAUUAAUCACACGACUGUCAAACAACAGAAAUCUAUGCUUACUCGAAUAGUUCGUAAUGAAUGCUUUACUAGACCUUUUAAAGGUGACGAACAGUUGCGGUACUGCUAUGUCUUUCCACCACUCAACAUGCUGCAAACUUCAAUAUUCUCAUUUGAGAAAUUCGGUGCUUUUAAGGAUAUGUUAAUGAUUUAUGAGACUUACUUCAACAGGACUGAAAUACAAGAAAUAAUAUUACGAAGCACAUCCGACUUCCUUCCAAUUUUGAUUGUCCAAGGUGAUUAUGAUCUUUGCGAGGAAGCUACUGGAAACUUAAGAAAGUUGUUCAUUGGGAAUGAAGAGACGCUGAAGAAGUUUUUAUUACAAGAAGUUGAGCCUACAAAUUUAAAUGUCUUUGAUCUUUUGAGGGAUUUUCGUGAUCAUAAUAAUUGUCUUGAGCUGUUUACUAAGUUACUUGAAUGA